GGGGGGGUGUGCGUGUGCGUGUGCGUGUGUGUGCGGGGCGGCGGGCUCUGCGGCCGGCGGGCCCCGGCGCUGCUGAGCGAGAGAAAUGUGAGCCGGCUGCACCACUGCGGCGGCACUGCGGGCGCCGGGCGGCAGCGGAGCGGGAGCGCGCAGGCAGCGCCCGCGCCCGCCGAGCCCCGCGGGACAGCGGGGACGGAGCCCGCCUGCCUGCCUGCCUGCCUGCACCUGCCGGACGGGGGGGGAAAGGGGGGUGCCCCAGCUGCAGCCCCCCCGCCCCCCCAAGGCAGGCAGCCUGCGCUGUCGGCCGGGGAGUGUUGCAUCAGCCCGGCGCGGAGCGGGGGCUCCGCGGCCGGAGGAGGCGGCGGGGGAGCCGGGGGAGGGAGAGCGGAGCCGCGGGGCGGGCGGAAGGUGCCUCCCCGGCGGCGGCUGCGGCGCUACCUGCCGCCUCCCCCCGGCCGCCGGUCCCCGCGGAGCAUCCGGAGCCAGAGGAGCCCGGCGGGAGCCCGGCGCCGCCAGCCCUGCCUUUGUGCCCGGUGCCCUCCCCGCGCCGGCGGGGAAGCUGCCGGAGGAGGCGGCGGGGCCGUGGGAAGCGGGAGCGGCAGCCACGGCCCGGCCGGGAGAGGCGGCGGAGACCCGGCAGCAUCCUCGGGGAGCCGGCCCUCCGCCCGGGCAGCGUCCGCAUCCCUCUGCCUUUCAGAUAACCUUUAGCCGCUCGGGCCUCCGAACCUUUCCCGGGGACGGAGCGGGGCUCUGGAGGCUAAAUCGGGGACGCGGCCGCACCGGGAUCCCCCGUCCGAGGCACGGCGGGCCAACGCAGCAAGCACGAAGCUGAGCUGGGGACAGAGGUGCUGGGGUCGGAGGAUACAAGGCACGUGGCAGCCCCGGCACCAGCCAAGCGCCACAAGGAUCCCACGGCGCGUAAACAGGAAUAAAGGCCAGGCGGAGCUGAUCCGGCACGGGAAGAGCCAGUGAAGACGAAGCGGGGGGCUGCCAAGUGACAGCCAAUGUCAUGUUAACGUCGUGGUGAGGCUCUGUGGGGAGCUGACGCUUUGAUCGCCUGCCCAAAAGCAUCCUCCAAGGCAGACAGGAUGCCUCUGUGAGCCCUGCCUUCCCCCGCCCACCCCAGCCUUGCGCCCGGCACCCUCGGGGCUGGCCGGAGAAGAGGGGUGUGGGGCCCGCUGGCGCUGCCCCGUCUCCCCAGGAUGCUCUCCCGUGCCAGCGGCUGCUCCCCGUGCUCCUGUUCUGCGGCCAGACCGAGAUUGAAAGCUCAGCAGGCUGCCGGCAUGUUUUAGCCUCAUGCAGGCGUCCCUCGGAGACCCCAGAGCAGUGGACAGUAAUGUGAAAACGAUACUCAUGUCGUGUCUGAAAGGGCAACAGGUCAUCAUUAAAAUGGAGGCGAUGAAAAUCAUCCACCCGGAGAAGUUUUCGGAGCUGCAAUCCUCACAGCCACGCUACGCACCAGCCCCGCGCCGCGAGCCGCCCCUCGUGGCCAAGCGCGCGUGGCCCUCCGAGUCCGAGAUCAUCGUCAACCAGGCGUGUGGGGACAUCCCCGCCUUGGAUGCCACCCCCGGCCCCCUGCCGCUGCCCCGGACUCCCCCCCUGCCGCGGCGAGAGCGUGGGUACCAGAGCCAGCGGAAGGGCAGCUCGGAGGUCUGCUACCACCGGCAGCCGCCGUCGGACGAGGUGAUCGUCAACCAGUACGUGCUGCACCCCUCGACGCCCUGUGAGCCCCUCGAGUGCCCCACCUGUGGCCACAUGUACAACUUCACCAACAAGCGGCCCCGCAUCCUCUCCUGCCUGCACUCAGUGUGCGAGGAGUGCCUGCAGAUCCUCUACGAGUCCUGCCCCAAGUACAAGUUCAUCUCCUGCCCCACCUGCAAGCGGGAGACCGUCCUCUUCACCGACUAUGGGCUGGCGGCGCUGGCCGUCAACACCAGUAUCCUCAACAGACUGCCGGCCGAGGCCCUGGCCACCAACCCCGUCCAGUGGAGCAGCGACACCGACCGCAGCUGCUACCAGACCUUUCGCCAGUACUGUGGGGCUGCCUGCACCUGCCACAUCCGAAACCCGCUGUCUUCCUGCACCAUCAUGUGAGCCCCGCACCCCUGCCCGCACCUCCCGGCAGCAGGGUGGCCGGCGGGUGGGAGAGGAUGGCGCAGUGCCGUGGCCAGUCCCCAGUCCCUUCCUUGCCAGUGGCACAGCCCAGGGAUGCUCUGAUGCUCACCAUGGCCAAGGACGUGGGACCGGAGACCUCGCCAGCACUGGCGGGGGGCGAUGGGGAUGCUGGGACCUGGCGGCAGCCCCCUACACCCCAGUGGUGCCCAGGGAGAGGGACGCUGGGAGAGGGAGCACAUCUACCAGCGCAUCCAGGGGCUCUGGCUCCCCCCCGUCCUGCAGCAGGUGCCCCCACUGUGCAUCGAGCAUCUUGCCGUGCUCCUUCCCUGGGCGCCUUCUCCCUCCUCUCUCCCAGUGGCUCCCACGAGUGGACUCUGGGUCCCGACCAGAGCGACACCUUCCGCAUCACCCCGUGGCCACCGGCAAUGGCACAAGGAGCCCUGGAGGUGCACGGUGUCAUGCUGGGUCACCCGCCUGGCACGGGAAGCGAGGACAGGUCCCCAGCUGCCCCCCACCCCUUCUCUGUAAGUUAUUUGCCAAAGCUUUCAUCUCAGUGGCCAAGCUGCCGUGCGCCCGAGUUGAUUUAGUCACGCCAAGCUGCCGCACCGGCCCCUCGGUUGUGAGCAGACACGCGGCCCAUUUCCUCCGCAGGCCCUUGAGGAAAGCUCCACUUUAUCCUCAUUUUGGAGGAUUCUUGGUUUUUCCCUGUCCGUCCCCGGCCGCCCCGUCCCAGGCCGCUACGCGUUCACAAAGGCAUUGAGCUGUGCCCGUUCUCUGCCGCUCCGGCCAGGGCCCCACACCGAUGCCCCAUGAGAUGGCCCGGGGGGGCGGCGUGGGGUCCGGUACCCCAAAUUGCCAGCUCCAGCGAGGGGAUUUGGCUGGGCAGGGGGGGCAGAGGUCUGGCUCCUGCCCACGGUCCCUCCCCUGGAGCAGCACCUCUGCUCUGACCCCUGUGUGGAGGGGCUGGCAGAGAGGCAGAUCCCUGUGCACAGUCUUGCUUUCUCCAGGGCACCUGGAGUGGUAAGUUUGCUGCCAAAAAAGCAAAAAAAAAAACCCUAAAAAAAAUAAAGAAAAAGCCAUAAUUUGCGGGUGCUCCCGCAGUGCUGAGCACCACAACCCAGCACGGCCACGGCACCAGGGGCACAUGCUGCCCAGUCCCAGGGCACUGGGGCUGGGUAAGCCAGAGGGGCCCCGCAGAGCCCCUCACCCUGGAGGAAGGAGCAGCCCCCAGCGCUGCCGAAGCCCAGCAUCCAUCCAGGGAGGGGGGCAGAACUGCCCCCCCCCCCCCCCCCCCCCCCCCAUCCCGAGGGAGCAGGCGAUGCCAGCGGCACAGCCCCGGGUACCACCCCGCUGCCGGUGGAGAACGGGGGCCAAUACCGUUUCUGUGUUGCUCUGCCAAUGCCUCCUGCUGCUGGUUGUGACGAUGACCAUGUUUUAUACCCGGCCUUGUUCUAACCCCCAUCAGUCUCCCCAAUAAAGAUUAUAUUGGAACGAA